AUGCAUUGUGAAAAUGGUUAUAUAGAUAUUGCACAAUGUAAAAUACCAACAUCAUAUAAUAUUAUAACUAAUUAUGAAGUUCGUUGGGUUAGUUUAGCACCAGUAAUAGCAACACCAAACUAUACUGUUACGGGUAUUCGUUGGAGAUUUAUAAAUCGUAUGUUAUAUUUGGAAAUUCAAGAAGCUGUAUAUAUUGAUGAUUGGACUGUAGAUAAAGAAACUGUACGUUGGAAGCCAACAAUAGAACAUGGAACAGAUGAAACAGCAAUACCAAUUGAUGCAGGAAUUGUUAAUGGUUUUGGUUUAUCAGGUGUAACACUACCAAGUGGAUAUCUUCUUACAGGUGUACAAUUUGAUUGGAAUCAAGAAGAAUAUUCAUCAAUAUCAACAGCACGUGUAUUUAGAAUAAAUGUUCGAGGUACAUUAUUUGGAGAAGAUGAUGAAGAUAAUAAUGAUUCUUCAAUUUGGAAAGUAGUCGAGUGGGAUCAUUUCCAGAAUAAAAUUGAAUUAGAAGAACCAGAUCGUUCUGAGUAUGCAACUAAUAAUAAUGAAAUACUUAGUAAGAAUGGUGAUUAUAUUUAUUUUCAACAAACUGAUAUUAUCAAAGAUGCUGCUCAAACAAGUGUUCCUUAUUUGGAUAUACAAAGUGUUACAAUAGACAUACCUGUACCACUUGGAGGUAUUGGAGUUUAUUAUAGAGGUCAAAAAGGAUAUGGAGGUUUUAUUGCAUUACGUACUUUUAUUCCUGAAUGUGAUGAAAUAAUUGAUGAAAAACGAUUAGAAGUUUACACAAAGGCAACUUCAAUAAUAUUGAAGAAAUUACACGAUCCAAAAUUCACAAAUAUGACUGCAAUGGAAUUUAUUGACAGUCUUGAUAUAGCCGAAGAAUAA